UAUCUGCCCUUCCCCUUUUCGCUGCACUUUUCGUCUUCCUCCUUUUUAGGGUUUUCUAAGGAUUUAUCAACUCGGAUGUGAUCAAAAUCCAUGGCGGCUUGCGAUGCAGGACCCGUAGGGUUAGGGUUAGUGUUAAAUCCCCCCUCUCCCGUCCCUUCUUCCGAUGCCACCGACAUCCCCGAAACCCUCAAUGCCGAUCUCCACAAUCUCGAUCUCAAUACCGAAGACGAUCCGAGUUCGAAAUCCGACGAACUUAACAACCCCAAGAUCGAAAAGGAUCCAGAGGAGAGAUCCGACGAACUUGGCAAUCCCAAGGUCGGAGAGGAUCCCGAGGAGAAAUCCGACGGUGCUGAUCAAGAACCGACGGCGAGGGAAGAGAAUGGGAACUCUGCUAACGAGAAUUCGGAGCCUUCGAGCGAGGAGAAUCUCGUGGAGACGGCGGUCGAUGGUUGGGGUUCGGAUCCGGGGGUCACAGUGCCUGAAGAGAACCAGAAGCCUGAUGAAGUGAUGGCAGAUGGUUGGGGCUGGGAUCAAGAUUUCAAUUUAUCUAAUGGGAAUCAGAAUCCCGAGAAAGAUAUCGAGUGGUCGAAUGGAGAGAAAGUGGAAGUUUUUGGAUGGGGUCCGGAGACUGGAGUUACUGAAAAGAAUUAUAAACCUGGUGUGGGUUUUGAGAAUACGAAAGAGGAGAAGGGGCAAAGGAGAAAGCCUCAGUUUCCGGUGAGGUCAAAUGAGGCGAAUUGUGCAUACUAUAUGAAGAUGGGGACCUGCAAGUUUGGAUUGAACUGCAAGUUCAAUCAUCCACCAAAUAAGAUGAAGAACAGGGCGAAAGUUAGGAAAAUGCCUGAGGGGAUUCAGUUAAAGGAUGCUGGGUUAAAAGAAAAUGGUGCUUCCUCAGAAAAUGUUGGGAAGACAGACUAUGAGAAGACUCACAAUGAAAAGAAAGGGGGAACUUUUCCAGAUAGUAAUGGACAAAUCAGUUGCAAGUAUUACUCAUCACCUGGAGGUUGCAAGUAUGGGAAUGCCUGUAAAUAUAAUCAUAAUGAAAAAAAUGAAUUUCCAGCACCACCAGCAGCGCUGAACUUUUUGGGCCUUCCAAUGCGGCCGGGAGAGAAGGAGUGCACAUAUUACAUGAGUACUGGAAGUUGCAAAUAUUCAACCAAUUGUAGGUUUCAUCAUCCAGAUCCAACUGCUGUAGGUGGCCAAGAUCCUUCUUCAGGAUAUCAAAAUGGUACCCUUCCUCAACCACAUGCUCCACCAGCACAACCGCCUAUGACAUCAUGGCCAGCUCAGCAGAAUCCAAAUGACCAAGUACCUUAUACACCGCCACCUUAUGUUACAGGAUUUUAUUUACCUCCUCAAGGGCUCCAUCCAAAUCCAGAAUGGAAUAGUUAUCCGGCUCCUGCAAGACCGUUGUUUACACCUGAAAUGAAUAUGCCACACCCUCCAUCUGCUGCUACCAUGAGAGAUACUAUGCAUAAGGGAAAUGGUUCUGCUCCGAAACAUGCACCAGACGCCGAAUAUCCUGAGAGACCUGGCCAGCCAGAAUGUCAGUUUUUCAUGAAAACUGGGACUUGCAAAUUUAAAACAGCAUGCAAAUUUCACCAUCCAAAGAGUCGCCUUCCAAAAACAUCUGGAGUCAAUGUCAGCCCUGUUGGCCUGCCGCUUAGACCUGACCAACCUAUAUGUACACAUUAUAAUCGACAUCGGAUCUGCAAGUAUGGUCUUUCCUGCAAAUAUAAUCAUCCAAUGGAUUUCAACCCUUCUGUAGCUCCAGCUGCAGUCCCAGCAUCAUCUCGGAAAGUAUCUCCAGUGCCCGGUAUCGAACCACAAGAGGUUAGAACUGAAGGCAAUACCAACUCAAAUCAGGAGUCAGAAUGGUGAUUCUUCUGUUUCCCCCCCUUUUUCUUUUCAUUUUCCCCAUCAUCAGUCUGCCUUCCAUUUUCUUUUAUGUUUUCCUUUUUCUCUUCUUUUAUGUAUAAAUAUGAAACAUAGUAUACUAUGUAUGGACAACGAAGCAAUAAUUUACAGGAUCUGUAUGAAAAAUCUUUGGUGGAUAAUUGCCAGCACUUGACAGCCAUGUUUUAAGUUA